GCCCGCCCCGCCCGCGGCAGCCCGGUUCUCCCGCCGCGGCGAAGGGCGCUGGCGAGAUGGUUUGCGGGGGCUUCACCUGCUCCAAGAACUGCCUGUGCGCCCUCAACCUGCUCUACACGCUGGUCAGCCUGCUGCUGAUUGGAAUUGCAGCAUGGGGUAUAGGCUUCGGCCUCAUUUCUAGUUUCCGAGUGGUUGGCGUGGCAAUUGCAGUGGGGAUCUUUCUGUUCCUUAUUGCUUUGGUUGGAUUGAUCGGUGCAGUCAAACACCAUCAGGUGUUACUCUUCUUUUACAUGAUUAUUCUCUUGCUAGUGUUCAUUGUCCAGUUUUCUGUCUCCUGUGCUUGUUUGGCAUUGAACAAAGAUCAGCAGAGACAACUUCUUGAGGUUGGAUGGAACAACACAAAGAGUGCUAGAGAAGAUAUUGAGAGGAAUCUAGACUGUUGUGGUUUCAGAAACUUCAAUUCAAGUGAAACCUGCUCUGCUGCUUGCGUUAAAGAUAACCGAUGUUUAACAUGUGCACCUAUAAUAGAAGAAUAUUCAGGAAUGGUACUGAGAUUUGUAGGUGGCAUAGGACUCUUCUUCAGUUUCACUGAGAUUUUGGGAGUUUGGCUGACUUAUAGAUACAGGAACCAAAAAGAUUCUCGUGCAAACCCUAGUGCGUUUCUUUGAUUGGAAAAUUUCUCAAGGACUGAAUGUCUUUUCCAGUUAAAAUAUGAAUUCUCUAGCAAUUAGCACUUCUGCACGCUAAGGAUCUGAAAGAAAACAAUUUUCCUACAUGGAGAUGUUUGUGCUUGUCAUCUUUGGUUUCCCAUCUUCACCUCUGGGUUCUCUAUCUGGAAAUAGAUAUAUCUAUUCUGUAGCUGAAUGCAAUGUAAACACUUCUGAGAUGAUAGUUAACUGUUAGAUCACAACAAUUGCUGCAGUCUACUGUUUCAAGUUAGUUUUAUGGCACCAGAAUGUAUUGCCUUUCUGAGUGUAUUUUUUUUUGUUUGUUUGUUUUUUAAACCCCAACCGAACAACAAAAAAAUACAACCAACAUAUAUUCUGACAUUAACACUUUCUUGUGUGUUUUUUGUUGUUUUUACAAAAAAAACAUGCUUUCUCUUUAAAAUGAUGCAUCUGUAUGUUGAAUGCCCGUAGGGUGAAAUACAGUAAAUUUUUUUUUCUGUUGAAUCACUGUUUCCCAUUCUGCUGUGUGGGUUAAAAAACACCAUAGAGAACAUCUGAAAUAUUUAAGCUUAUCAACCCUUUAUUGUGUUUCUUUUCUUUUAGAUAAAUUCAAGAUACCAUUUUAGAUCAUGGAUAUAAACAUAUGUUAACUGACUUCUGUAGGGUUUAGUUUUGACAUCUUUAGAAUUGCAUUUAAAGAGAAUAAAAACAUUUUUUUUAUCUUUGUAUCUAAGCAAUUGAGAAUAAUAAUGAGUGAGGAAAACCCAUUAAAAUUAACCUAUUGAAACUAAUUUUAGAAGUACUUUACUUUAAAAAAGCAAUAGGCGAAUGAACUGUGGUACUAAGACAAUAUCGGAACUGGGAAUGAUCCAUUUUGUUAGUGUAACAAAUUUUGAUUGAUGUUCAAAGAUUUCUUAUAAAACUAUUUUUACAGGUAGUUUAAAUUCAUUGUUGUAGUAACUUAUGAAAGUGUGAUACUGACAUUCAUUGUCAAACCUGACCCAUCUUCAUCCUUCAGUAUCUAUUUAAAAUACUUGAUUUCAAAUGUAAUUGUAAAAAUAUCAUUGUGGCAUUUUUGGUAGUUUAAAAAUAAUUUAAAAAAAAAAGUGCUUGUACUUGAAUGCUUUCUAAAACUUCAGAAGAAAUCGCUGUCCUUGACCAAGUUGUUCAUAUGCUAAAAUAGAUACCUUUAUAGACCGUGAUACACUACACUGGAUGAUCAGAAGGCCUAAUCUUUAAGGUGCAUGGUGGUUUUUAACAUGCACUCUUUUCUCUGAAUUAUGGUUAAAUGUUGUCCUGUCUUCAGUGAAGGAUUUCAAUGGAGCUGCCCAUCUUGGCUGAAAUUCCGUCUCUUCUCCUUGUAUGACACUCAACUUGAAAAACUGGGAAGAUGCCCAGAAACAAUAUCUAGGAGAGCAGCUACAGAAGAGCGCAGGCAGCACAGGUUGGAGAGUAUGAGGGAAACAAGUGUAAUGUAGGUUGGGGUGGGAUGUUGAAGGGCCUUCACUAAAUAGGAGAUAACUGAAUUUAGUAUGGUAAGCAGGUGCUCAGGUACAGAGGUGAUAGGACCCAUAUAGGCAUCUGUAUGUUCAGUUUCUUUCUAAACUGAGAUUGCAUAAGGACAUCUAGGUGGAGAUUUGAGAUGGGACAGAAGGGAGAAGCAUUAAGAACUUCAUGUACAGAGCUGCAGAGAAGUAGUUAUUUGCAGUACACAAGUUUUUUAUUCAUUCUACAAACCCCAGCACCAUGCUACAUAUACUUGAGUGCUGUCUGACACUUGAUCUGUUAGCUCAGGGUGUGCAUGCGCAUACUUGGAGACAAACCUCUCUUUUUAUAGAGCACUCCAGUAACAAGGUGGAAAUGAGCAGCUUUGGGAGUCCCAUUAUGCAAAAGCAGCAUUGUAAGUUAAUAGGAUACUGUCAAGAAGCACUCACAAUCUGAGGGUCCGUUUACACAAGGAAAAUGGUUGGCAGCAUGCUCUCUUUAAGCUGGUACUAAACUGUUUUUGGCUUAGCUACGCUAGGAGCACAACCAUAUUUUACCCCACUUCAGAGGAGAGUCAUAGCUGAUGUAUCCAGACUCUGUAUUUUAGCAAGAACCUAGCUAGUAAUAAAUGAGAGGAAUGCUGGGAAUGUGAAGGUUACAAUAAAAUAUUGUAGUUGCUCCCAUUUGUGAUUCUGUUUUUUAAAAUUCUUUCUUCAUGGUCGUGCUUUAAGUAAUGUUGCUUGCUGUUCAUUGUAGCCUUCCAUAAAUGUGGUGGCUGAAACCAUGUAAUGUAGGUUUGCUGAGAGACUAGCAAUUUGUCAAAUCAUGAGACUUUAUGAUAUUUGGUGGUGGUUUAUUUUUGUGUGUAGGUUUAUAUUUUUUAUUGAAGCUCCUGUAAUUACAAGAGAAUCUCUUCAUUAUAUUAAAAAAAAGUUUCUAUUUCUGGUGGGUGUGGAGGAAAGUCUGAAAGUGAGGGCUAUCACAACUAAAAUAUUAAUUGUGAUUAAUUGCAUGAUUAAUUGUGCUGUUAAAUAAUAGAAUACCAUUUAUUUAAAUAUUUUUGGAUGUUUUCUACAUUUUCAAAUAUAUUGAUUUCAGUUACAACAGAAUCAAAGUGUACAGUGCUCACUUUAUUUAUAUUGGAUUACAAAUAUUUGCACUAUAAAAAAAUUAGUAUUUCAAUUCACCUAAUACAAGUAAUGUAGUAAAGUAACUUUAUCACAAAGUUGAAUUUACAAAUGUAGAAUUAUUUACCAAAAAAACUGCAUUCAAAAAUAAAACAAUGUAAAACUUCA